AUGCAUGAAGAGCAAUCACUGGACAUGAAGAAAUCAAACAAUGGCAAUUGUGCUGCUUGUACAGCACAGUUUCCUCUAGUCAAUACUGGACAAUCUAUUUCAGAAGCUAAGUAUUUGAUCACGACAGAUGAAGAAUACCCCAAUAUUAAAUAUAUUGGUACAAAGACACCGCCACAAAACCAUUUGUAUAAAGCAGUUAGACUUGCCUGUGUUCGAAGCCUUACAGCCGAAUUUUGUCAAGGAAGGGAUGGACCUGUGCUAUUUGGAGAUGAUGAAAAUGGAUAUGUGAUGAGUUAUAUGUUCAAGUUACGUGAUUCACAAGCAAGAGGAGAAGCCAGAUUUUAUUCAUUCAUGAUAUUGAUGGCAGAUAGAGUCUAUUUGAUCUCAUGUUGGCCAUUCAUUGUUAGUGCAUUCAAAUCCAUGGUGAUUCAGUUACAGGAAAGAGCAAAUGCUGUGUUUCAAAAGGAAAAAGAAGUUAAACAACAGCAGCAGCAGUUUUCAUAUUAUUCGAUAAGUAAUAGACGAGGUGCACCCAUCUCACAAGAACAAUUUUUCAAGAGACGAAGUCAUACGCCCCUAAGAUCGCUGGUUGAUCUAUUAGGCAUUAAAGAUAUUUACAUACACAUUCAAGCUCAAUUCAGUUUUGUCUUAAAACUUGCUUCAAGAAAAAGAAUAGAAAAACUGAAUCCUGGUAGAACAGAAAGCAUGUUAUAUUUAAAGAUGAAAGAAGAAUAUUUGGCGAAAAGGCAUCAACAACAGCAAAAAGAAGAACAAGGAUAG